UAUUAUCCCAACAAAGUCUCCCUCUCUCUCUCAUUUUCAAGUUUGUCAGUUACUUUACUCCGUUCAUCUUUUCUUCGAUUCUCAUCAAUACAUAUUUAUAAGGUGGCCUUUACAUGCAUCGUUGUAUUGAAAAACCAAAGUUUACUUCCCGAGAAAGUCUUUAAUAAUAAUCAAGAAAGAUCGUUUCUACUUCUCUCUCUUUUUUCUUUCCUCUGAAACGAGAUGGCGAUACAAGCGCAGUUGAAUUACAACGCUUCGAACGUUAUUAACCAAAUCGGGAUGGACGAGUUGUACAUGAACAACAACAAUCUCCAGACGCAGAAAGACUUCAACCAACAAAAUGCUCUGUUUCAUCAACAGAGCUUUUUAGACGCUCUUAUGGAGAAACAGAGGCAAGAGAUCGACCAGUUCAUCAGAACACAGAGCGAGAGGUUGAGAUACGCGUUGCGAGAACAGAGGAGGCAAGAGACGGAGACGCUGCUGAGGCAAAUGGAGGCGAAAGCUUUGGUUUUGAUGACGCGGAAGGAAGAAGAGAUGUCGAGAGCGCUGAGCAAGAACAUGGAGCUCGAGGAUCUGCUGAGGAGAAUGGAAGCUGAGAACCAAACGUGGCAGAGGAUGGCUCGCGAGAACGAAGCAACGGUCGCUACGCUUAGCUCGACGCUUGAACAGGUGAAAGAGAGAGCUGUGACGUGGCACAACGACGAAGGGUCGUGCUGCGGAGGAGGAGAUGAUAGUGUUCCGGGGAAGAGGAUGAGUGGUUCUUGUUUGAAUUGUGGGUCUAAUGGAGAGACGAGAGUGCUGUUUCUGCCGUGUAGGCAUCUCUGCUGCUGCACGGAGUGCGAGGCUGGGCUUAUUGUUUGUCCGAUCUGUAGCAGUCCCAAGAAGAAUAGAAUCGAGGCCAUUACUUUCUAGGGGAGAACUGUUUCCCGGUGAACGGAGAGGUUUUUACACCGGGGAGGUGACGUGGCAGGGAAGUAAUGGUGGUCUUCGAGAAGUUUAGGGGUAAAAAGGGAAAGUUAGACUAGGAGGAAACUAAGAAUAGGAAAAGGUUUAUCAAGAAGUAAAUUUCUGGUUAGGGGUUCUUUUGUUUGUUUAUUUGUUUCUUUUGCAUCCAAUGGAGAUGUGAAAUCCAGCUGGAUUUUGAUGAACAUAAUCCAUAUAUUUUCCUUCUAUAUAAUGACCCUUUGAAUCCAA